ACUUUCAUACAAAAUUUAUCUAUCUUAAAAUGAUUGCAAAGGCUUUAUGCAUCACAACUCUCCUUGCUGUUGUGACAGCGCAAUAUGGCCACGGCCACAGUGAUGCACACUCUUCCCAGCAUUUCGUUAAACACGAUGGACAUCCGGAAGUCGUCCACGGCCAUCACGGACAUCAUGACUAUCAUACUCAUCCUAAAUACGAGUUCGACUACAAAGUGGAAGACCAUCACACGGGAGACAUGAAAUCUCAACAUGAGCACCGAGAUGGAGACGUGGUGAAGGGUGCAUACUCUCUACACCAGCCUGAUGGCUCCGAAAGGACUGUCCACUACCACGGAGACCAUCACACUGGCUUCCACGCAGAUGUCAAAUUCGGAACUCAUCACAUUCCGGCUCCAUCGAAUUAUAAGACGUUGGUACGUGGUGCACUAGGCAACAAGAUGUUGAUUUUAUUAUUUCAGGCACUCUGCUUCGUCUCCAUGUUCGCAGUAGCGUUGGCCCAAUAUGGCCACGGGUACGGCCAUGGUUACUCCUCCCAGCACUUUGUGAAGCAUGAUGGACACCCUGAAAUCGUCCACGGUCAUCACGGACAUCAUGACUAUCAUACUCAUCCCAAAUACGAGUUCGACUACAAAGUUGAAGACCAUCACACAGGAGACAUUAAGUCGCAGCAUGAGCACCGGGAUGGAGAUAUCGUGAAGGGCGUCUACUCUCUACACCAGCCUGAUGGUUCUGAGAGGACUGUCCACUACCAUGGAGACCACCACACCGGUUUCCACGCUGAUGUGAAAUUCGGUACCCAUCACAUCGUCCCACAUCAUCAUCAACAUUACUGAGAAAGGAAUCGCUGUUAAUAUGAUUUUUGUUACUUUUUUAUAUACCCAUGUGUUCAAAUAAAAUGAAAUGAAUUUAA